CUUGACUGACCCGUUCGCCAUUCAGUUGAGCAUGAGGAUGGUCCGAGGCAACGUGCUCUUGAUGAUUCUGGCGCCGCUGCUGGUGCUUCCAGAUUCACGUGUGAAUGGCGCCAACAUUUUGGGCAUGUUCAGCACAUUUAGUCCAUCGCAUUUGAUAGUGCACAUGUCAAUGAUGCGGGCGCUGGCGGAUCGUGGACACAAUGUGACCAUUGUGACGGCUUUGAAGCCCAAGCUCGUGCCGCAUGAGAAUAUAACAUAUAUCCUGGCGCCGCUCAGUGAACAUCAUCUGGCCUUCGUGAACGAGUACAUGGCGAACUCGGCCAAGGAGAAGCAUUCAAUGGCUAUGACAUUUCUCAAGACAAUAAUAGGAACAGGUCAAUUGAUGGACAGUCAGUAUGAGUUCCUGUUACAUCCCAAUGUGCGGGCACUUCACGAGCAGCCGCAGGUGAAGUUCGAUUUGAUGAUCUUGGGCUAUGUGUUCAAUGAUUACCAAUUGGGCGUGGCAGCCAAGUUGGGCAUACCCGCGAUUAUAAGCUGGGUGGGCGUGCCAUUUUCAUUUGUCGACGACGAGGUGGGCAACAUCUACGAUCCCGCGUAUGUGCCCAACGUGAAUGUGGUUCAGGACAAGCGCCUCCGUACCAUGGGCUUCGGUCUGCGACUGCGCAACUACCUUAGCUGGCUGUUGCUCAAAGGUAUAGGCCUGGCACUGGAUGUACGCAUGAACAACUAUUACACACGCGUUUUUGGCGAGGAUCCUGCUCUGCCCAGCUACCAAGAUGUGAAGCGUCGCGUCUCGCUGCUCUUCUACAAUUAUCACUCGCAUAGCGAGGGUCCUGUACGUCCCACGGUGCCGCAGUCCAUUGAAAUUGGUGGCGUGCAGAUCAAGGAGCAGCCGGAUCCAUUGCCUAAAGAGCUGGCUGAAUUUAUGGCCAAUGCCACAGAGGGUGCCAUCUUCUUUAGCCUGGGCACCAAUGUUAAGAGCUCCUACUUCAAGCCACACAUCAUGGAGGCUAUCUUCCAGGUGCUCGCGCGCCAGCCGCUGCACGUCAUCUGGAAAUGUGAUGAUCUGCAGCAUAAGCCGGGCCAUGCUGCAAAUAUAUACUUUCACAACUGGCUGCCACAGGACGACAUCCUGGCCCAUCCAAACACCAAGCUCUUCAUCACGCACGCCGGCAAGGGUGGCAUUGCGGAGGCCCAGUACCACGGUGUGCCCAUGCUGGCGCUGCCCGUGUUUGGUGAUCAGCCUGGCAAUGCAGAGCUAAUGGUAUCCGCCGGCUUCGGACUGAGUCUGGAUCUGCUCACGCUAACCGAGGAUAGACUGGAGCAGAGCAUACGCGAGCUGCUGCACAAUCCUGCAUAUCGCCAGAAUGUCCGCAAAUUUUCCCAGCUCUAUCGCGAUCGUCCGCUCACCGCUCGUCAGUCUGUCGUCUAUUGGACGGAGUACGUAAUGCGGCACAAUGGUGCCUACCACCUGCAGAGUCCCUGGCUGCACAUGGACUUUGUGGCACGCCACAAUCUCGAUGUGUAUGCCUGCCUCCUACUUGCUCUUGCCGUCUCUUUGUUUGUUUUUGCGCUGUUGCUGCGCUUCACUUUGAAGCAGCUGCGGCGAUUGGCACGCUCAAAAGACAAGGUCAAAGAGAAUUAGACACCUACAUCUAGUUAAUUCAAUUGAUAGACUGCACCCAUUACGCAUACGACGCGUGGCGCCGUAAUCAAACACACAAUGCUAUAAUCGGUAUAUAUUUAUAUAUAUAUAUAUAUACAUUUUUAUAUAUAGAACCACAAAAGUAUCAACAAGUUGCCAACACUCCUAUUGACUAUUAAUAGGCGCAUUUUUCUCUCUUUCUCUCACUCUCUGUCUCUCUAUCUGGCAGUGUGCAAUCACACUGAGGAAAAUUACGUAGUAGCUGCUGAAGAAUUUAAGAAAAAUUACGUUAAAUAUUGCUCUAAUAGAGUACAUAACACUUUUAAAUUAAAAACCUAAAAAUCCAAUUAAAAACCUUAAUGUUAAAUGGGUUGUCUAAAAAUAUAAAUAUCUGGGCUAACUGGGUUCUUAGAUUGUGAAA